UUUUCUAUCGGGAGAGGUUUCUUCUAGCACCUUCGGCAUCCGUUAGGAGACGUCUCGGAACCAAUCUUCCCGGAAAGGAUGCGGACCGGGGAGGAAAGGAGAGCCACGGCAGCCGUCUGUCUUCUGCAAUUGCUGUGGACCGCGCGGUGCGGCGCGGAGGAGACGGUGACCAGGGAUUACUCGGGUGACGUUUUUGUCCUGGACCAGGAGUCUUGUCGGGGGCAGGGUUGCGACCGAGACGGGAGGAGGGCCGCCCGUCUAUGGGAAGACUCGUGCCUGUGUCAGUGCGCCCCCACCCUCCGCACCUUCAGGGAAGACCGGAAACAAUGCGUCCGAGAUCUAGCCGAGUGUUCGACAGUGGCCUUCGUCGGACCCUUCGGCAGCGAGAAGAUCCCUUUGGUAUUCCUGCCUCCGGCCGGACACCCUGUCCGACCGGGUGCCCGUCUCUCCGUUCCAGAAUUGUGCCAAGUUACCAGUAUCGAAUACUUGACCAGCCAAGACUGGAUGCCCCUGGAGAGCCGGGGAGAAGAACGUCCCUUCGCCCUCUUUCCUCACGGAAACAAGACGCUGCUAAAGUGGCGUGGAAGUGACGAAGACAGAUCGUUCCUACAACAUAAGCUUGUCCUUCUUCGAUUGCGAUGUCCUUCCGAAGCCCAUCCCACUUCACCGGAACCCUGCGUUGCAUUCAGGGUAGGAUGGACCAGGGCCGCUGGAGGGGUCGCCGAGCAAAAGGCAAACAAGAGGAACUCUUUCGUCAUUGUAGGAUUAUGUCUGGGAAUUUUGGGCUUCACCUAUGUCCUGGCACUCUUUGUAUACCUCAAACUACGUAGGAGACCUCCCAGAACUCGAGGAAAAUUCCCUGUUCAAUCCGAAGACUCGGAAGCAAUAUCCCCUAGACCCAGUCCUCAGGUCGUCGAUGCUGUUCCGGGUGAAGCAAACGGAAGAGGAGAUGCGCCGGAAGCGAAGAUCUCGGAAAGUAGAUUGUCUCCCCCUGCCGCUCGUCUGCUGAUUCGUCUACGACAGGCCAUCGGUAAUGCCAAACGACGUCUGACCGAAAGGAGACGCGGAUGCCACGUACCGGAAGAUGGCCUCUUUCCGGCAUCCGGCGGACGGAAAGACGAUCCUCCCGACGACCGGUUGCGGCGCGGAGCCGCGGCCGAAGGCGGAUACAAGUCGCGAAUGGAAGCGGUUUAUAACGUUCCCGUCGAUGCCCUCUCUCGAAGAUGGCCCCCAGACACUUACCCUGUCGAGAGCAUCGAAAAAGAGAGAGUUUCGACGGUUGCUCGACUAAAUAAGUUCGACGCUUUCAGAAGGGAUUUGUACGAGAAGAUUCUGAGAAUUAGACAGAAUGAGACAGAGGAUCGACCAGCCUCCGAGCGCGAUGCUCGCAUCUGUAGGCGCUGCAACGUCAACUCUGGAUAUUCUCCCAUUCCGGAGGAAACUCGUAAACUCUUCCGAGCCGAAACCGGGUUUAGUCGUAUCGCCGUCCCGCCUUUUCCUCCUCUAUCGGAAGAAAAAUCGGUUCGCUCCGACGGGACCCUUUAUCGUGACUUCUCGAUCGAUGGCGCUUCCUCCACGAUAGAAAAGACGUCGCGGAAGCAAAGCGGCGCCUCCUCUCUUUCGGAGACGGAGAAGAACGACGGAGACCCGCAUCCGACAGAAGUUUCGCCGUCCGCGGAAGGAAGAGCGACGACAAACGACGACCUCCUUCCGACGGAAGAGAAGACGGGCGAAAGCGACGGGACGGAAUGGAGUCGCGUUUCGGUUCCCGACGAUGAUUCUUUGGAUCCAGACGCCUUGUUACAUCUCUCUUCACGGGUGGCACGUAAACUCUCCGCCCCUUCGGUUCCCGCUUUCGAGCAAAGAACGGAAGGGAAUGGGCGGAGCUUCGGUCGAUUGUGGAGAGAAGUGAGGAGUGGUUUGGACGGACUGCGUAGGCGAUCGGAGGCAGGACCUGUCCCUGCCGACGGCGACAACUGGACCCUGAAAAAGAGCGAAGGCCCCGCCCGCCGACUGGGCCGAUUGGUCAGAAAAUUCAGUUUCCGGAACGAGGAGGCGUCGGCCUCCCUCUCCUGCAGAAGAUUGAAGGCGGAACAUUCCCCGGCUCCUUUUCGAAUCGAAGAAGACCUUCCGAAUACGGAUCCCGACCUUACGGUUCCGGCAGAGGGGAAUGAUAAUUCGAAGAAAUGCGAGGAGUCGAUGGGUCUUCCGGAAGAAGAUCAUCCGUCUUCCGAGAAUACGAAACCGGAAGCCAAGACGGAAAAUGUGGCAGAGGAAGAGCCGGAGAGAGGAGAGUCUCAAAAAACCGAUCUGACCGAAGUCGAGUCGAUGUCUUCCGAAGGGUCCAAGAGUGACGUUCUGCAGGAAGACGAUCGUCGGUCAGGAAGCGGUGGUGGAUGUUUGACGCCGGAUUCCGAUGCUCUUUCUCCUUCGUCUUCUUCGGACAUGACCGAAGAUUCUUUAGAUGCUCGCUGUCGUCGUUCGCCCGCCUCGCGUUCCCUCCACCGACGCUCCGGAGCAGUGGCGGCGGCGGGAAGAAGUGGAAGAGGCUUCGACGCUUCGCGACACUUCCGAAACGUCGGCUGGCGACACGUCUGUCGCGACGCCGAACGAAAACGGGAUGGUCGCGCGGCAGACAAAAGGAAGGACGACGCAUCCUCCGGUUCGGUCCGGGAUCCAAGGGAAAGACGCGGACGAGGAGCGAAAGAAGGAACGCGAUUGGGAAGUUCGGAAGACGAACGUUCGACCGAAUCGUGUCGAAGGAGACGAGAGAUCAAACGAAGAAGAGUUUCGGGGGAGACAGGAAGACGAGAGGGAGACCGUCGCGCGCAUCAUCGUCGCAGAAAAGCUGGUCGACGUCCGGAGAGCGUUCCGGACCGACGACGAGAAGUGCCGUCCGGUGUUAAAGAUGUCGACAGAGCUUCGUCCACCGCUUGAACGGGGCGUCCGAUUCUAGUUGAAAGUUUUAACGAAGUAAAUACCGGAAACGGUAAAGAUUCCGUCCCCGAUUGCUUUGGUGGAGACAGAACCGGGAGAGAAGCCGUCCGGUAUUCCAUUUCCGUUUUAAGAAUAAUUUAUUAACUUAUGUAAUUUAUUAGCUUGGGCCGCGCCACUCCGGCUUAUUGAGCAGAAUGGCGCGACCGAAAAAAGGGAUAGAAAAGACGGCACGUCAGUUUAUAGGAGUGUGUCGUUGUUCCCAUACCUUAACAAGCAGAGAACGAGCCACGUUCUCUCAACCAGUACUGCCGAACCUCUUUUCAGAGCGCCUUCCGGCUCAUGUAACCCGCGUAUAACCGGUCAAUGUUCCGGGAU